AUGGUUCCAGCGCCGAUCCGCAGGAAACUUGUCAUUGUUGGUGACGGUGCUUGUGGAAAGACAUCACUCCUCUGCGUCUUUGCUAUCGGCGAGUUCCCACAAGAGUAUGAACCCACCAUUUUCGAAAACUAUGUUGCCGAAAUUCGUCUUGAUGGCAAACCAGUCCAGCUCGCACUUUGGGACACAGCAGGGCAAGAAGAGUACGAACGUUUGCGUCCGCUCUCUUACUCGCAAGCACAUGUCAUCUUGAUCGCCUUUGCCAUUGACACUCCUGACUCGUUGGAAAACGUGCAGGUCAAAUGGAUGGAAGAAGUGCGUCAAAUAUGUGGUCCUUCCGUCCCCGUCUUGUUGGUUGGAUGCAAGAAGGAUCUGCGCGAAGAUGCAAUUGCAAAAGGAAAGCCCGUUGAAGGUCACUUUGUUGACAGGCAACAAGCCAAACAGGUCGCACAACAGAUUGGCGCACGCUCAUAUCACGAGUGCUCAUCACUCAACAAUCAAGGUGUUGAUGCCGUCUUUGAGGCUGCGACACGCGCUGCCAUGCUGGUCAGGAACACGGGUGCAAGUACAGGCGGCGCUAUCUCGCAAAGCAAGACCAAGGAGGCAUUACACAACGACGCUGGCUCGUGCAAGUGUGUCGUCCUCUAG